UGUUCUUCAUGCAGUUGCUUGGAGACUUUCGGCGCGGCUUCUUAAUUCCGAAAGAAUAUCAUCUUUUCUUCGCUAAUUUUCUUUUAUCGUCACUUUAUCAUCAAUUCAUUUGUUUAAUCAACGAAAUUACAAUUUCUAUCUUCGAACGGUAGACAAGUCUUUUUACCGAAAGCAAUAUCCAAUCCUUUUAUAUAUUGCUUUAUUAUCUACAUAUUACAAACGGUGUAUUUUCAAAUAGAAUAUAUAGACAAAAGAAGAAGAAGAAGGACAAGUGGAAGAAGAAAAAAGAAGAUAAGUGCUUUUCACGAUUUGUUCGAUAAACAUUAAUCCAAGAUUAAAAGUAGUGUUGUGGUUUCGAUAGUGUUUUUUUGCACUAAUUGAUAACGGUCGACGGACGAUUAGAGAGAGAGAGAGAGAGAGAGAGAGAGAGAGAGAGAGAGAGAGAGAGAGAGAGAGAGAGAGAGAGAGAGAGAGAGAUGUCGGGUCUCGUGGAAUGGUAUAAGGAUUUAAUGUACAAUAGGAAUGAUCCGAGAACGAAAGAUUGGUUCUUGGUAUCGGGACCAGGUCCGAUAUUGACUAUCCUUAUUACCUACUUAUAUUUUUCUCUAUCGGCCGGACCGAGAUAUAUGAGGGACAAAAAGCCAUAUAAUUUGAAGAAUAUGCUGAUUGUUUACAAUUUUAUCCAAGUAUUGCUCAGCAUAUACAUCGUUUACGAAGGUUUGAUGUCAGGAUGGUUCCACCAUUACAGUUUUUAUUGUCAACCGGUCGAUUACUCGAACGAUCCAAUAGCAUUAAGGAUGACUCGAAGCGUAUACACGUACUUCGUAUGCAAACUGAUCGAACUACUGGACACGGUAUUCUUCGUUCUACGAAAGAAGGAGAAGCAAAUAUCGUUCUUACACGUCUAUCAUCAUGGGCUAAUGCCUUUAGCCGCUUGGGUCGCCGUUAAAUGGCUGCCUGGUGGACACGGGACCUUGCUCGGCCUUAUCAACUCUUUCGUACAUAUCAUCAUGUAUACCUAUUACAUGCUCACUGCGUUUGGACCACAGAUGCAGCCCUAUCUUUGGUGGAAGAAAUAUUUGACGAGUUUGCAACUCUUGCAAUUCACAAUAAUCGGCAUUCACAACAGUCUGGUUCUAUUUAACGGUUGCAAUUUUCCAAAAUUCCCGACUGUUCUCUUGGUCAUCAAUUCUUUUGUCUUCAUAUAUCUCUUCGGCUCGUUUUACGUUACCUCCUAUACGAAAUCUCACAACAUUGAGAAGAAAUAUGAGGAAAACGAUAGUGAGAUGGUCAAAGAUAAAUCGAAUUGAGAAAGUGAAACUCGAAAGGAAAAAAGAUUUAACAAAAGAAACAAUCUUUUCAAGGAUUAAACGUCGAGACAUAUAUGCGUGCCCAUUCGACGAGUACAUGUCGAAUUUCUAAAAGGAUACUGUCGCAACUUAAAGAUAUAAAAUCAUUUUUAGGAGAAAAGAAAAAUCAAAUUAUAUUUUACUAGCUACGGCUAGAUCAGAAUUUCGAUAUUUCGGUAUAAUGAAGUUUAUAAUUAAAUGUUCUUACAUAAUAUUCCUUAAACACUAAUUAAAACCAAGUAUCUUAUUAGCUGGGACAACGAAAUCAGAUUAUGUAUUACUAGCCUAAUGACUAACUUUGCGACGUUAUUCGUUUCGUACUUAGAUAUCGUUUCGUGUAUACCUUUUGUUGGUUCGACAUUCAGUUACGAUAAUAUUCUUUUAAGGGCACGAUAUAUUAUAUACAGCAAAUAUAUCAAUUUAAUGACUUUCAAUUGUACAAUAUCAAUUGGACAAUCAUCGGUAAUAAUUAAACGCAACUUUUUCUUUGCUCUCCUUG